CCAGGGAAACUGAACAGCGAUCACCUCUCACGGUUUCAAGAGACUCCCGAAUGGCAUCUACUUCAAGAAAUAACGUCAAUAAUUUUCAAAAAAUGGGGAACGCCCCGCAUAGAUCCGAUGGCGACGAACUCGGCCCAUGUGGUGCCGCGGUACGUCAGCCUCGACAGGAUGGAUCGGAAUGCUCAUCAUCACGACGCAUUCAGCCGCGAAUGACAUUACUCGCUGGCAUUACACCUGAACACGGCGACGGAAGUGUACCUAAUAGUAGCUUCAGUGUGGGAGUAGGUACCCUGGAGGCCCGACAUCAAGAAUCGUGCCCUCUCUCCUCCCUUCACAAUUCGGCGUCUGCACCAAGUGCUGGUGGACACGUCGACGGGUCUGCCACCGCCGCAAGUGCUGGAGAUGACCCUGGAGGUGUGGAGAUGUGGGGGUGGACCCACAGCCUGACGAACUGGACCCCACAACAGAAACAACUGCUUAAAUCAGAUAAUCAGAUCAUACUGUGGCCUAGAUUCGGUUCAAAGACCGACAAAGUUGACGUGAGGCAGUCAGGGUGGCGUCUAACAUCAAACCAAGAUCAACUGGCCCUAGACCCGGUAUACUGGGUAAAGAGAGUGAUCAGCCUGUCAGCAACACGACGAUCUCUGUGCAAGGUCAAUAAUUUAUUUAUAACUGCGUGCGGCACUCCGAAGGCGGCGUCCCGCGCCGUGCUGGCCGGCUGGGUGCGCGGCGUGCUGGCGGACGCCGGCAUCCGCGCCAGCGCGGGCAGCGUGCGCCCCGCCGUCGCCUCCAAGCAUUGGGCUCUCAACUACCCCCUCGACGACAUCCUGGCCCGAGGGAACUGGCGCUCACAAAACACCUUUUUAAAUUAUUAUUGUCGGGAGAUACGCUCAUCUCCUUCCCAAACUAACGUGGUGUCGGCUAUGUUCUCACCCAUAGCAAACUGA